CUUUGUUUCAACGUAAUUAUUUAAAAAGUUCCCCGUAUUUGUAGAUGUUGCAGUUUCUUUACACGUGUUCACAUGUACGGUCAGUUGUGAAACACACAAGUUGAAAUUCAACAUCUUGAUUUGCUAUAAAACUAAUAGCCGACCUGAGAUUUGUAACACUGUUGAUGUGUACACGUGCUCGCAUCCCUUCAUGAUUGGCUGGUUGUGAAAUUGUUUUAUUUGUUUCGUAUCUGCAGAUAUGGUUCGUGUUGCGAAAAACCUUCUGGGAGCCAGUUUCCUGUUUCUCAUCGCUUCCACCAUCCUCUUUGCUGAUGCCAAUCCCAUCGGAACUAAAUCUAGAAUACGUGUUUGCAUAAGAAAUUGCGCCCAAUGCAAAAAGAUGUUUGGUCCGUACUUCGAAGGACAGCUUUGUGCAGACGCGUGCGUAAAAUUCAAAGGAAAAAUCAUCCCCGAUUGUGAGGAUAUAGCUUCCAUAGCACCAUUUUUAAGCAAAUUCGAUUAAUUUAAUUUAUUUGUGUGUGUUGUACAAUUUUGCUAAUUGUAUGUUUCUAAUUCGAGCCCAUAUUAGAAACACGAACUUCGUUGCCUGUGAUGUUAGUUUUAUUUAUUUAUUGUAAUUUUAAAUAAAGUAAUUUAAGUGC